CUAACAUAAUCUCUUCACAUAAUCAUGCGUCACUCUCAUACUCUCCAUUUCUCAAUUCUAUCUUUCUUCGUCACUAUAUGGACCGUCCAAUCUGUACCACCACAACCACCGGUUCGAUGCGACCAAACCGGCUGCACCGUCUCCAACGCGUACGGUACGUGGCCUGACCGCAAAACUUGCCACGCGGCUAACGUCACAUAUCCAACGACGGAGGAGGAGCUUCGUAAAGCCGUGGCUUACGCGGCUGAGCAUAAUCUCAAAGUCAAAACCGUCACCAAAUUCUCUCACACUAUACCGAAACUCGCUUGUCCUUCCGGUUCAGACGCAUUGUUAAUUAGUACGUCGAAAUACAAUUCGGUUAUCGAGAUUGAACCGGACCGGUUAACGGUUACGGCUGAUUCUGGAGUUUCGUUGAGAGAGCUGAUCGAUAAAGUUGAAGGAGCUGGGUUUAGCAUCGCAACGUCAUCGUACUGGGAAGGAGUGAGUAUCGGUGGGCUGAUUAGCACAGGGUCUCACGGAAGCUCGUGGUCGGGACGAGGCGGUUCGGUUCAUGACCAUGUUGUCGGAAUCAGCCUUGUGGUUCCGGCGAAUUCAUCGGAAGGUUUCGCGAAGGUUGUUAGACUUGAACAAGGGAGAGAUGAUAAGCUUCUUAACGCCGUUAAAGUGUCGUUGGGUGUUUUAGGAGUCAUCUCAAAGGUGAAACUUUCGAUAGAGAAAGCAUUUAAGAGAAGUAUGACAUAUAACUUCACAUCUGACGUAGCACUUGAAGACAUUUUUAUGGAGCAUGGGAAGAAAUUCGAAUUCGGAGACAUAACGUGGUAUCCUUCCAGAAAAACUGCGGUUUACCGUUACGAUAUCCGAUCACCGGUCAACGUCUCCGGCAACGGAGUCAACGACUUUACUGGUUUUCAGUCUAAUCCUAUCUUGAUCUCUAGAGGGGUUCGAGCAUUAGAGAAGGGACUUGAAUCUACCAAGAACGAGAAUGGAAAAUGCACCACUGCGGAUACUACGUUGGCCUACAAGAAACUAACUGGGAACGGUCUAAAGAACAAUGGUUUAAUCUUUACUGGAUAUCCGGUUAUCGGGAGACAAGGCAAGAUCCAGACUUCCGGGUCUUGCCUUUACUCAUCUUCAAUUAGAAUUGAUGUGGCUUGCGCAUGGGACCCGAGAUAUAGUGGUCUUUUCUUCUAUGAAACGACCGCUAUAUUCCCCGUUUCUAGGUUUAGAGAUUUUCUCCUCGAUGUGAAGAAGCUUCGAGACUUGAAACCCGCAAGACUAUGCGGGAUUGACAUCUAUAACGGUAUCCUCAUACGUUUCAUCAAGGGCUCAAAGGCUUAUCUUGGCCAGACAGAGGAUUCUGUGGUUAUUGACUUUAAUUAUUACCGAGCGGACGAUGAGUUGACCCCGAGGUUGAACCAAGAUGUGAUGGAGGAGAUGGAGCAGAUGGCGUUUGUUAAACACGGCGCAAAGCCGCAUUGGGGGAAGAAUAGGAAAGUGGGUUUCUUUGGCGUGAAGAAAAAGCUUGGACCUAACUUUGAUAGAUUCUUGGAAGUGAAGAACAAGUUAGAUCCUAAGAAGAUGUUCUCUAGUGAAUGGUCUGAUGAGAUUCUCUUUGGAAUAGAAGCUUCCAAGUAUGACGGAUGUGCCCUGGAAGGAAAUUGUGUGUGUUCAGAAGACAGACAUUGUAGCCCUUCCAAAGGUUACUUUUGUAAGCAAGGCCUUGUUUAUACACAAGCUAGGGUUUGCAGAUUCUCUCCAGCUCAUCAAGUUCUAGUGGCGUAACUCGAGUUUUUAUGUUUAAAUUAUGUAUUUAACUCUUUCAAAAAGUAUUUGCAAAUUUUUAGCUUACCCGUUUAACACCGUUGUCUGAACAAAAAAAAAUAAUGGUG